AGUUCAUCCGCGAGGCGCUCCUCGCCGGCCAGUCAGCGCCAAAAAGUGCAGAGCUUCGGGACAAGAGUCCGCCGUACUGUACCCCCGCGCGUACUUCAACCCCCUGUGUAUGACAGUGUGAGCCGGUAUACCUCUCUCUCUCUCUUCCCUUUUUCCCUCCGAAAGGCAGUGUCACUCCGAGUUAAUCCCCCCGAGUGCCUCGCGGGACACGAAGAAUCCGGUGACUUCGUCGCUCGGUGGAUCGUUUCGUUUUCUCGGUCCUCCAUCCUUAGCGGGACACACGCUGGUGAAAUCCGAAGUGAAGUGAAUCCGAAGUAGAGCGUGCGAUCGAUUUUACAAUUUCUUUUUGCGGGAGAAAAAAAAAAGAGAAAAAAAAGGUGCUCGGAGAGAUCGUGAUUAUUGUUAUCGUCGACACGACGGGGUGCGCGCGGUUUUCGUUGACUGUGCUUACGUCGCGUGGAAGCGACGUUCAAACUGACUAUCGAGAUGCGGGACCGCGGGUCUCUGGCAUCCGUCGAAUCCACGCUUAUAUACUGAUAAAUUCUCGAUUAGGUGAGUGCAUUAGGUGAGUGCCAGGAUCAUCCCCUUGCGGAAUACAUACGCGUACUGGACGUGGUGUCGGGGCUCCGCACGGUUCGGUGAACGUGAACGGUGAACGUACUUUGAAUUACUUUGAAAUCAACCCAGACAUCACGAUAAUAACACAGAUGCGAAUGCAUCUUGGAACCGAGAGGCGCAGCCGUCGCUGCCGGUAUCACCUACGUCUCGUCUGAGAGUGCCGCCCGAUUCCGGAAGCCGGGAGAGCCGGAAAACGCGGAGGAGGCCUAAGGCUUAGGCGGCACGCAAGAUGAUGUACUCGCCGGACAAGAUGAUGGGGAGCAAGGGACUCCACGGGGCACCCAUCACCGCCCCGGGAUGCUUUCCCUCGGGGAGAUACUCGCCGCCGCCUUAUCGCGCCGCGCCGGAUCCGAUGCCGCCGCCACCGAGGCGAUGUAUGCCGAACCCUACGAGUCGUAUAUUGGAAGAUGCAUCCAUUAUGUGCAAUUCUUGGUCACCGAGGCAUAAUGGUGAUUUGUUUGGUGGCUUGAAUAGCGGUUUGCAAGACGGCUUACUUUCAAGAGCAGAGGCUUUGGCAGCAGAUUUGGGGAAGCACAACGCCGGGACGCCGAUGCCACUAAAGCACGAUCCCGUGUCUGUGUAUCAUCAUGGAGCACACAUGCCUACCCCCCAUCCAAAUAACCGGCCACAUCAUCAGGUACAAUCACACCUUCUUAUGAGCCAUCCGGGGAUGGAGAGCCUCGACAUGCUGGACCCAGCAAACUCGAUGACGACAUUAACGCCGAUGUCCGAGGGCACGGGCGGCGGACCCGGGCAUCACGCGGGCAUCCACGGUCCAUCCGUGUACGGUGGCAUGAAUGGAAUGAUGAGCCACCAUCAUCAUCACGGCAAUCUAGGCGGUGGUGGCGGAAGCGUGCCCCAUCCGGCACAUCAUCAUCCGGCGAUGGCAGCCGCGGCCGCGGCGGCGGCCGCGGCGGGUCUCCAUCCCGACGCCGAUACCGAUCCGCGCGAGUUGGAGGCCUUCGCCGAACGAUUCAAGCAACGGCGUAUCAAGCUCGGUGUCACGCAGGCCGACGUCGGCAAGGCACUCGCCAACCUCAAGCUACCGGGCGUCGGCGCUCUCUCGCAAUCGACGAUCUGUCGCUUUGAAUCGCUCACGCUCUCGCACAACAACAUGAUCGCCCUGAAACCGAUCCUCCAGGCUUGGCUCGAGGAGGCGGAGGCGCAGGCGAAGAACAAGCGACGCGAUCCCGAUGCGCCCUCGGUAUUGCCGGCCGGCGAGAAGAAGCGGAAACGCACCAGCAUCGCCGCGCCCGAGAAACGCUCGCUGGAGGCGUACUUCGCGGUCCAACCGCGACCCUCGGGCGAGAAGAUCGCCGCGAUCGCGGAGAAGCUCGAUCUUAAGAAGAACGUCGUCCGUGUAUGGUUCUGCAAUCAGCGGCAGAAGCAGAAACGCAUGAAAUUCGCGGCUCAACAUUGACCCGAGGGUGGCUUGUGACAGCAGAACUGACCGUACCAGCUGCCUGGUCUCGAGCCGAAACCCGAACCCCUGACCGAGUUUCAGGGAUGGCCGUGAGACAACGCUCCAGAACCGUCGGAGGCUCUAGGGCUUCCCUUGGACACCGUUGAUGGACAACCCCCCGAAUGACGAGAGAUUCCGAGUCAUCGUCGUCGGGCAAACAUCAUCAUCGGGGAUGUCCACUCGCGGGACGUCUUUCGCGGCCGCGCGAGAUAAACGAUGGCUCGAUACCAUGGGCAGAUACUACCGGUACAUCGUGCUGUCACAGGCUGAGGAUGAGUCGCUUGUUAUCACUGCGCGUGUGUAAUAUGCAUGUAACGCAUAUUCUGGAAUCACCGGUUGCAGGGAACUAUUCUUGACCCGUCGGUUCGCGAUUCUCUUUUUCUCUAUCUAUUUUUCUCUCAACUUGAACUAUACGAUUACGUCUCAUCGCGCUGUGUGAUGUUAAAGAGAUAUAUAACCGGCGCAAACAUACAACCUAAUGCUGGUAACGUAUUUACGAACGUUUCGCGAUGAACAAUAUCAUCGCGCUGUGAUAAAUAUAAAUCCAUAUCGGAUUGCUUCUUCAACGCGGAGUUGACGCUAAACGAAGAUUUCGUAUACAAGAUGUUUCACUUUUAUCGGAUAAGCCGUAAUUAAUUAAGGAUUAACAGAAAUUACGACAAAUUUCUAAUCAAUUUUUCUUAACAGGUUUCAGUCGAGAUUCACUCAUACGCGAAUAAAUCCGAGUACGCCGCGCGAUAUACCUCUUUAUUUCAAACGAAAAUGCGCGAGAACAAUUUUUGUUUGUAAUAAAAAAGAGGCGCGAAUCACGCAUCUGCGAAUAAUAUACAAAUAUAAUACCGAGAAAAAACACCGAUCGUUGCAAUAAUGUAUGAUGCUUUCAACAGUAUGAUUUUUGGAAAAUGAGGAGAUGCGUUGAAGGAUUAUAUCAGCGCUUUCUUCGUAUUUUCAUUUGCGUUAACAGGAAGCAUUAUAGUGACGAAUUCGUAUUGCAUACAAUAACAUUACGGAGUUAUACAAAUACCGCACGAUUCGUCAGUUUCAUUCGGGAUAUAAUAUUUACUAAUAUCGCUUUUAAGAAUUUUAAAGUAAAAUACAUAUUGCAAUAUUUGUUUGUGAAAAUUUAAUAGUAAACUUUGAGAUAAAUUUUACAUUGCAAUUAAUCAAAAUAUAA